CCCUUCUUCAUUUCACAGCCCAAGUAGUAUCUACAUUGAUCCCAUCCCCCUCCUAGGCUUAACCAGUUUCUUCUUUUUAUUAGACAAUCACUAAUCAUGGGUGUCACCACUUAUACCCAAGAAGACGCUUGUUCCGUUGCUCCUUCCCGGAUGUUCAAGGCUUUGAUCCUUGACUCCCACAAUCUCAUCCCCAAAAUUGCGCCUCAAUCCAUCAAGAGCAUUGAGUUUGUUCAUGGAGAUGGUGGAGUUGGAAGCAUCAAACAGACCAACUUCCCUGAUGCUGCCCCCUUCAAGUAUGUGAAACAUAGGAUUGAUGCUCUGGACACAGCCAAUUUUUCAAGCAAGUACACUGUGAUUGAAGGAGAUGUGUUGGGCGACAAGCUCGAUUCUAUCACUUAUGAGGCAAAGAUCGAGGCCGGCCCCGGUGGCGGAAGCGUGUGCAAGUUGACAAGUUAUUACCACACUAAGGGUGACAUUGAAAUCAAACCAGAGGAACUCAAAGCUGGCAAAGACAAAGCCACUGAAAUGUUCAAGAAAGUGGAGGAGCACUUGCUGGCACACCCACAACUAUAUGCUUAAGUCAAGUGUGUGUAUGUUAAAAACCGAGCUUUCACUCCAUCCCCUAUGAGAUCGAUCUUCCCUUUCUCAUGUAAGUCAAGGAGUACUGGUUUUUAAUCAUUCAGGAUAAAAAAUAAUAAUAGUGAGUGGUUUUUAAUUUUUAUUUUGGCUUUAUGAUAAUAAGAACAACAAUCCUUUGUGAUACUGGUAAAGAGUAGCAAAGGACAUUUGAGGUGUUUGGUGUGAACUAUAUGUAUUAUAGUGAGGCAUGUACUAAGGUCGUUUUUGAUAAGACCCAAAAAUAAAAAUGAGGAAGAUGGAGUGUUGUAAUAAAUUGUGAUAUCUGUUGUGUUUUAAAUUUGUACUUGAAUGCUCUGUGUUUCUUC